GCCCCUCCCGGCCCCCCCAGAGCACCAGCAGCCAUUUCAUCUCCGGCUCCAAGUAGGCGCAAAAAAUGGCAGAAAUGGAGAAAGAAGGGAGACCUCCCGAAAAUAAAAGGAGCAGGAAGCCGGCGCACCCGGUGAAGCGGGAGAUCAACGAGGAGAUGAAGAACUUCGCAGAAAACACUAUGAAUGAGCUCCUUGGCUGGUAUGGUUAUGAUAAGGUUGAACUGAAAGAUGGAGAAGAUAUUGAAUUCAGGAACUACUCUGCAGAUGGGGAAAGCCGCCAGCACAUUUCUGUUCUCAAAGAAAAUUCUUUGCCAAAACCAAAAUUACCUGAGGACAGUGUUAUUUCACCAUACAAUAUAAACACAAGCUACCCAGGGCUUGCCACGGGAAAUGGACUUUCAGACUCACCAGCAGGGUCAAAGGAUCACGGGAAUGUACCUAUUAUUGUCCCAUUAAUCCCGCCACCUUUCAUAAAGCCACCAGCAGAAGAUGAUGUGUCAAAUGUACAAAUAAUGUGUGCCUGGUGCCAGAAAGUUGGAAUCAAGCGCUAUUCCCUGAGUAUGGGAAGUGAAGUGAAAUGCUUCUGCAGCGAGAAGUGCUUUGCAGCUUGCCGAAGAGCAUAUUUCAAGAGAAACAAGGCUAGAGAUGAAGAUGGACAUGCUGAAAAUUUUCCCCAGCAGCACUAUGCUAAGGAAACUCCAAGACUUGCCUUCAAGAAUAACUGCGAACUACUUGUAUGUGACUGGUGUAAGCACAUAAGACACACAAAAGAGUAUCUGGAUUUUGGGGACGGGGAAAGAAGGCUUCAGUUCUGCAGUGCAAAAUGUCUCAAUCAGUACAAAAUGGACAUUUUCUACAAAGAGACACAGGCCAAUCUUCCAGCUGGACUGUGCAGUACAUUACAUCCUCCAGUUGAAAAUAAAGCAGAAGGCACUGGAGUACAGCUGCUGACUCCAGAUUCUUGGAAUAUACCGCUAGCAGAUGCUCGGAGAAAAGCUCCAUCCCCAGCGUCUGCAGCUGGCCAAAUUCAAGGUCCUGGACCAUCAGCGUCUACCACUGCCUCUCCGUCUGACACUGCCAACUGCUCUGUCACUAAAAUCCCCACGCCAGUUCCCAAACCUAUUCCCAUCAGUGAGAAUCCAAAUAUUCCACCAGUUUCUGUCCAGCCACCUGCUAGCAUUGUGCCUCCAAUUGGUGUCCCACCUCGCAGUCCUCCCAUGGUAAUGACAAACCGUGGGCCAGUUCCGCUGCCCAUAUUCAUGGAACAGCAAAUUAUGCAGCAAAUCCGUCCGCCGUUUAUUCGUGGGCCGCCUCACCAUGCCUCAAAUCCUAACAGCCCUCUGUCAAAUCCAAUGAUCCCUGGAAUCGGUCCACCACCAGGUGGCCCUAGAAAUAUGGGUCCCACCUCCAGCCCCAUGCACAGGCCAAUGCUUUCCCCUCACAUCCACCCCCCCACGACACCGACCAUGCCUGGGAACCCUCCAGGCUUGCUGCCGCCCCCUCCUCCUGGAGCCCCUUUGCCCAGUCUUCCCUUUCCCCCUGUCAGCAUGAUGCCAAAUGGUCCUAUGCCUAUGCCACAGAUGAUGAACUUUGGGCUGCCAUCCCUUGCCCCGCUGGUGCCACCCCCAACUCUACUAGUGCCAUAUCCUGUCAUUGUCCCUUUGCCCGUCCCCAUUCCCAUUCCCAUCCCUAUCCCUCACAUCAACGAUUCCAAGCCCCCCAGCGGUUUCUCCAGCAACGGCGAAAACUUCAUUCCGAGUAACUCCAGCGAGACGCCUGGAGCAAAGCCACCCAAUAGCUCUUCGUCCCCUCGAGAGUCAAAACAAGGAUCGUCCAAACCCUCCGACUCCUCUCCGAGCUGCUCAGGCCAGUCCCUAAAUCAAGCUCAAGUGCUUCAGGAGCACGGUAAAAAUGAAGUUGUUGACUUGACUGUCAGACCUAGUAGUCCUGUGAACAGUAAGUUUGGUUUCCCCAGUGUGCUACAGGGUCCGCAGGAUGGUGUGAUCGACCUAACGGUGGGCCACCGGUCUAGGCUGCACAAUGUCAUCCACAGGGCUCUACAUGCCCAAGUGAAAGUCGAGCGUGAGCCUAGCAGUGUUGUAAAUUUGGCUUUCGGUAGCUCAGACAAAAGGAACUGCAGCGACUGCAGGGACAAUUGCAGCCCAAUUGACUCAAAAACAUUACCAUGCGGUGACGCAGCCCACUGCUGCCCUGUCUCCUUGGCCUCCGGCACACCGGGACUGGAAGCCGGAGCAGCUGUGUGCAAUGUCAUUGUGAAUGGCACAAAGAGCACAGAGGGUUCCAAGAACCCGGAGCCACCCCAGGACCUGAAAAAGCCACAGCCCCCAGAGGAGUUGGCGGUGAGCGAGCUGGAGUCUGUGAAGGAGAAUAACUGCGCAUCGAACUGCCACCUCGAGGGAGACGCUGGCAAGAAGGCUGGGGAAGAGCCCCUUGCCGGAGGAGACAAGCAGGACCCCAACCUCAACAAUCCAGCAGACGAGGACCAUGCAUAUGCUUUGCGGAUGCUGCCCAAGACAGGUUGCGUGAUCCAGCCUGUGCCAAAACCAGCAGAAAAGACUGCUAUCGCGCCGUGUAUUAUGUCAACGCCAAUCCUCAGCACAGGGCCAGAGGAUCUGGAGCCACCAUUGAAAAGGAGGUGUCUCCGAAUUCGAAAUCAGAAUAAGUAAAGGAACGCUCGCCAACAGGGUACCUUGCAUGGAGAAAGGGAGCAGAGCAAACCACAUCGCUCCAUCCAACGACACCAGCUGGUCCGCUCACCACCCCUCUGGCUAAAAGUCAAGCAAAUAAAGCA